GCGCUGUAACUUAACUGUUUUACAUAGAAGAAGAACGGCGAAAAGUCAUGGCGGCUGACAGUUUGUAAUGAGCCAACGAAAACAGCCAAGAUUCUUGCAAGUUGGAUUUACACCGUUUAAACCAGGCCCGGCGAUAAAAACUGAGACGACAAAAUGCAGAUAACUUUGAAAACCUUACAGCAGCAGACGUUCAAAAUCGACAUCGAUGAAGAGGAGACGGUGAAGACACUAAAAGAGAAAAUUGAACAGGAGAAGGGAAAGGACCAUUUUUCAGUUUCUGGACUGAAACUGAUAUAUGCUGGUAAAAUCCUCAACGAUGACACAGCCAUCAAAGAAUACAAAAUCAAUGAGAAGAACUUUGUGGUCGUCAUGGUGACAAAGACUAAAACAGCCUCUGCUGCCCAACAACCUUCACCUGCCACUUCAGCUCCCAGCACUACAGCUCCCGCAGCACCUCCUGCCUCAUCGUCCAGCUCGGAAAACACAACAGAGCGUGCCUCUACAGAUGACAAACCAGAGGAGAGGCAGUCUUCGUCUGCUGAACCAGCUUCCACCCCUGUCGGAAGUUCUGAGGCUUCAACAAACACAAGCCUAAUUGAUGAGGCUGUUUCAACUCUAGUGACAGGCCCAUCAUAUGAUGCCAUGGUGAAUGAGAUGAUGCUCAUGGGCUAUGAGAGGGAGCAGGUGGUAGCAGCUCUUAGAGCGAGCUUCAACAACCCAGACAGAGCUGUGGAGUACCUGCUCACGGGUAUUCCAGGCAGAGGAGAUCAGGGCCAUGCAACAGGACCGGAUGCGGUGGUGCCUCCAGUGAGUGGAGCGCCUGCUGCACCCACAAGCGGUAUUAGCAUUCCCGCCAACACUGGCUCUUCACCAAGUGCUGGGGGAGGCAACCCCUUGAGUUUCCUAAGAAAUCAGCCCCAGUUCCAAGUGAUGCGACAACUGAUCCAGCAGAAUGCCGCCCUGCUUCCUGCCUUGUUGCAGGAGAUUGGCAGGGAAAACCCUGAGCUGCUGCAGGAGAUUAGCAGCCACCAAGAGCAGUUCAUCCAGAUGCUGAAUGAACCCAAUCCAGAGGCAGUGCAGGUAGGUGGUGGAGGUGGAGCGGGAGCCGGAGGGGUGGCAGGUGAUACACCCGGCGGGAGUCACAUGAGCUACAUCCAGGUCACGCCACAGGAGAAAGAGGCCAUUGAGAGGCUAAAAGCCUUAGGAUUUCCAGAGGGACUUGUUAUACAAGCCUACUUUGCUUGUGAGAAGAACGAGAACUUGGCCGCCAACUUCCUUUUACAACAGAACUUUGACGACGAUUAAAAGAGCCAUCUUCAUUUCGACUUUGUUUUCUUAUUUCUUCCUCUACUGUUUGAUUGCUGAUACUGAAUAUAUGUUUACGACAAGCCUUUUACAUUUCCAAAAAAAAGUUUUAUUCACUACUUCCACAUUCACCUUUCUUAAUAACACUGGGUCAUUAUCAGCUAGUGUACAAGGAUAGGCUAUUGUUUGUGAUCAGUUUGAAAUGGAGAAACAAUUAAAGUAUAAUAACUUUGCAUCAGAAAUCACCUGUGUGCUAUUGAUUUUUUAAUACUUUAGUUAAGACCAAUGUAUUUUUUUUUUAUGAGGAAAUCCAAAAUGGUUUGCAAUUGCAGUAUGUGUCACAUUAUAAGUGAGUUUAGUUUAGGGUAGAUCUGAAAGGUUAUGACAGUAUUCAUGCACUCUUAUUGUUCUGUUUUUCAAGUUGAAAAGUAAUGGAGUUUUCUUUUUAAUUAAAGCUGUGCAGAACAAACAAGCAA